AUUAAAUUUGUGCCCCACCAAAAGGCGACGCCGGAGCCCCACUUUGACGGGACUUGGAGCGGACAGGUGGCUUCACACUGUUGGUGUUCAUCGCAAAGCUCGCACCGAGUCCUGACACCGGUCCUGGGAUUAUCCUGCUGCUGUGCUUUUGUUUAGACGAACAAUGGGGAACUUCAAAGAGACGCUGGGAAUCAACGAACUGAAAACGAAAAACAACAACAUAUGGAAAGCACUACUGGCUGAAUUCCUAGGCAAUUUACUUCUUAACUUAUUUGGCUGUGGAUCAGUCGUUAACUUCCACGACGAUCCACGUAGCACCGUACUAAUUGCUUUAACAUUCGGUUUCACAAUCUUCAUCGUGGUGCAGUCCCUGGGGCACGUCAGUGGGGCCCACAUCAACCCCGCCGUCACCUGUGGCAUGCUGGCGACAGGGAACAUCAAAAUAAUCAAAGGGGUGCUCUACAUCGUAGUCCAAUGUCUUGGUGCCUUAGCAGGAUCAGGAAUCUUAAAGGCUUUAACACCUGAAGCCCUUCAAGAAACAGGCCUGGGCAUCACCCUCGUAAACGUGAACAAGGAAGUGACGCCAGUACAAGCCUUCGGCAUCGAGUUCUUCCUGGGCUUCAUCCUGGUACUGACCGUUUGCGGAGUCUGCGACCCCAACAGGCCCGAAGCUAAGGCGGCUGCGGGCUUGGCAAUCGGUCUGGCUGUUUCUGUAGGCCACUUGGCUGCUAUUGACUUCACCGGCUCCAGCAUGAACCCCGCACGUACCUUCGGAUCUGCUGUCAUUGCCAACAAUUGGACGGAUCACUGGGUGUACUGGGUGGGACCGAUCUUCGGUGGAGUUGUGGCAGCUUUGUUGUACAAGCACGCCUUCUCCGCACCAAGCAUGGGACCUCUCAAGAUCAUCGAAAGAUACACCACUGUUGUAACUGACGAGAAAGAGCUCAAGAGAUUGGACGCCAAAAUGGAUGACAAUCUAGCUUAGUUUUCUUAGGUUUAAGUUCAAAGGCACAUCUUCAUUGUUUUGAAUAUGUUUAAUUUUAUAAGCAUUUUAUUUAUUGAGCCAUUAAUGUAAUGCAUGUGAGCACUAAUUUUAUGUAUAUAUUUUUAAUAAGACAAUAAAGUUAUUUUUAACUAA